GGAGUUAGUUGCCUAGUCGAUGGCGUCUCCCGGGGGGCCAUGAAGACAGUUCAGAUCCAGCGACGUUUGAAGGACUGGAGUGAUAAACCAAGGCAGUUACUUGUCCUGGUAGAAAGAUCCGUGACACACUUGUCGCUCGUCUAAUUAGCAUUGAAGCAAAUCCUCGAAAACCAUUCAACAUCCCGAGAUGGCGAGCAAGAUUCUCCAGGUAGGGAUAAUCGGGGCCGGUGACGUUGCCCAGAUUGUCCACGUCCCUACCUUUGUAUUCCUGUCGAGUCUGUACAAAGUGGCCGCCAUUUGCGAUGUGUCCAAGAAGACGGCCGACCAUUGCGCCACCAAAUUCGGCAUUGCGCGGUCCACAACCGAUCCAGCAGACAUCUUCGACGACGCCAACAUCGACCUGGUAGUGCUGCUUACCUCGGACGAGUUCCAUGCCCCCUAUACCAUCGCCGCGCUCCAAGCCGGCAAGCACGUCAUGGUCGAGAAGCCGAUGACGCUGAGCUUGCAAUCCGCGCAAAAGAUCAUCGAAGCCGAGCGCGCCGCUCCUAACGGAGCCCGCGUCUUUGUCGGAUACAUGCGUCGCUACGCCCCGAGCCUGCAGGCCUUCCACCGGGAGGUCUCGACCAUCGGGAGCAUCAAGUACGCCCGCGUCCGCGACAUCAUCGGCCCCAACGCGUACUUCAUCGGGCAGUCCGGAACCGAUCCGCAAAAGUUCUUCGAUGACAUCCCUCCUGAGGCCCGACGGGACAGGGAGGCUAGGUUGGCGGCGCUGCUCGAAGAGGCGUGGGGCACUCCCUUCGCGGAGCUGAGCCGGGAACAGGUGGAUUACUGCUGUCUUCUCGCCAACCUCGGCAGUCAUGGGCUGAGUCUGAUGCGGGAGGUGCUGGGCGGGCUCCCAGAGGAAGUGCUCGCAUCGACAGAUAAUGCGCGGUGGUACACGACCAUGUUCGACUACCGUAACCGGGCGAGCCCGCACGAUCGGUUCACUUGCCUAUACGAGACAGGCAUCGACACCGUUCCUCGCUUCGAUUCUCAGGUGGCCGUAUUCGGCGAGAACAAGAGCGUGACGAUCAAGUACGACACACCGUUCGUCAAGGGUUUGGGCAUCACGGUUGAGAUCGACGAACUCAACGAGCACGGCGAGAAGUGCCAUCGAUCGCUGCAGACAUCCUACGAGGAUGCCUAUACUGCCGAGUUGAGGGAUCUGUAUGAGUGCGUGGCGAAUGGCAAGGACAUCAAGACGACCGCGGCGGAUGCAUUGGAGGACCUGAAGCUGUUCAAGAUGAUGAUGGAUAAGUACCCCGAACACAAGAAAAAGGGAGGCAGCGGUUCCUCGGCAGGCGGAUUCUUGCCAUCUGGGCCCUGA